CUGUAUGUUGUAGUCAUGAUCGGCAGGUUGCUGGGUCCUCGGUAUCAGCAGUUGGCAAAGAAUUGGGCUCCAAUUCUAGCCACAUGGGGUACAGUUGGAGGAGUAGGACUAAUCUGGGCCACUGACUGGAGGCUAUUUCUUGACUAUGUCCCAUAUGUAAAUGGAAAAUUUAAGGAAGAGAAAUAAAUUGGUAUGUGUGAGACCUGCUAUAUGCCAUAUGCUCCUUACGUGAUCUGUGAUCCUGUGCAGAAAUGAAUUCAAGAUUGAGUUGAUCUGCUUGCUUGAUGCACAAUUUAAGGACAUGCCCCCGGAUGUGUUAAUGAACUGUUGAAGUCCUUAUUUAUAAUGGAAACAUUGGUGUACAGUUUAAAAAUAAACGCUGUUUCUGUAAA